GAUAAGCUGGAGGGACUAUCGGCUGUCCCUCACAGAUUUUGUCUCCGUCAACACCUUCAUCAGAUGCCGUCGAGGGCAGAGCAGCUUGCAUGGACACCGCUGAGAGGACUGAUGACGUCUGCGCGAGAUGAUAUAAUCAACGAGGCCAGAGUACUAUAUGGACGGCUGUGUGCAUGGACAGGCAAGGGCGCAGUCUACGAGCUGCCGGCUCGACUUUGCGGUAAUAGUGUACUGCUAGCUGCAGUAGCUCUGCACAUCGUCCAGCAAGGGUACGUCGAGAUAUCGACCAGGGAGACUCGCUCAUGAGCAGCAGACAAAUCGAGGCGACGCUUGAUUCGGUAGCAUAUCACCGAGCAGCCAGUGUNACAGCUGCCAAUUUCANAUUAGCACUCGGCAAGUGCCAAAAAGCCGU